AAACCAACAUGACAACAGUGUAUUCAAAUACACUUGCCGGUCCUGAAGAUACCCUAGCAGUAGUCGAAGCGUAUGCAGUACCUGUCAUUUGUGUUGGUGGCCUGAUUGGGAACACCAUCUCUGCCAUUGUCUUCCUACAAAAGUCGUUGAGGGAAAACUCUUCAAGCUUGUUUUUGGCGGCCAGAAGUAUCUCAGAUAAUGGUUUUCUCGCAACGUUACUUACGAUAUGGGCCUCGUCUUAUUAUGACCUCCGCCUUGGAAACAUCCCUCCUAUGUGUCAACUGUUGAUUUUCUUAACAUACGUCUUCGGGUGUUUUUCAAUAUGGCUUGUUGUUUUCGUAACUGCUGAAAACUACAUAAGGAUCUGCCGACCGUUCCUUGUACAAAAUAUGUGCAACACUAGGAAUGCAAAGGUAUCUAUGCUGAUUCUUCUAGCGGUGAUUCUCUUGACGUACAACUUUCCAUUUUGGACAAUUGGAGGAGCUUGCAUUCCACUCAGAAAAUAUUACGAUUUCAUUCAGAUACUAGUUUACAUAGACGCGGUGCUUACACUCAUUGUUCCGGCAAUCAUUAUGGCCUUACUGAUGUCGGCAAUAGCUGCAACAACAAUUGCAUCUUGCGAACGCCGCCGCCGAAGAAGUACGUCGUCCUGCACCAAUGUCAAAAGCCCGUUGAUGAAAGUAACCACUAUGCUUUUAGCGGUCACGUUUAGUUUCUUCCUACUGAAUAUACCACAUCACGUUGUUAGACUAAGGCUGAUGGUUUUGGCUUUUGUUGAGAAGAACGUGAAUACUUCGUUGUCUAUUGAAAUCGUGAUGCAGUCCGUUUCCCAGCUGCUUUAUUAUUUAUCUGUGUCCACAAACGUUCUGAUUUACUCUGUUUUCAGUGGAAAAUUCCGGAAAACUUUGAGGGACAUUUUCAAAAGGAAAUCAACAAACAGAACUAUCACACAUAACGUGCGUGAUGUCUUUUAUCCAACGCGCAGGGUAAACAUAUCCAUGGAGGAGAUACUUGACAAGGACAACAACGACAAAUAUCCUGAGGAAGCUUUCCCUUUGCGGCGUUUCGAAAGCUCGAUUCUUUAAAAAAAAGCGGCAGACGCUUGUUUUUGUAUGACUUGCAAAGUUUAUAGUCUGACAGUGCUAUUAAAUCAAUGUGGCCAUAAAUGCUUCGCUAGUAAUGUGAUAAAUGUGAU